AUGGAAAAUCUAAGCCUGAAAUUAAAGCUUCAUCUUCCAAAUUCCUCCAACCCUUCUUGUUCUCUUUUAUCUCCAAAAAACCAUCCAUUAUUCAUCAAACCAAACAAAGUAUUAAACAUCAAAAACAUGAAACAAACACCUUCAAAAUCUUCUGCAAUAAAGAUCACAAAACAAACUCCAGUUGUUGAAGAUGCACCAAGGACACAACAACAACCAAUGAAGCUUCAAGUUCUUGAAACUGGGAAUUCAAGGGCUAUGGUAAUAGGAGCAGUUUCUGUUGGAGUUUUGUUGCUUCUGAGUGGAAUGGAUGAACACAAGGCACUGGCUUUGGGACCUGAAGGGCCACUGGUGGAAGAGUUUUGGGAUAAUGUGAGAAGGUAUGCAUUGUAUGCACUAACGGUUAGUACAGGUGCUAUUUAUACAAUCAUGGUGCCUAUAUUUGAGCUUUUGAAGAAUCCAAUAACCGCGAUUCUUAUUGUGGCUCUCUUUGGUGGUGGGUAUUAUAUUGUUUCUCAAGUUCUUUCUGCUAUGGUUGGCAUUUCUGAUUUUAGUUAUGAUUAUGGAAACUAG